UGUUGUUUUACACGUUACAACACACACUGAGCUCAGUAAAUGUAGCUCGACUAAGCUAACUUUUCCUGACAUGAAAUGUAGCUUCCCAUUUGUGGAACUAGCAUAACACAACAUCCUAUGAGUUGGCUUGUAAAACUGGUUUACUACACUGAUAUAGCCUACCGAAUUUGUCAAUUUCGUCGUUUAUGUCCUAUUAUACCAAAGCAUCGCUGAAACAAAUGCGUUGACGGCUCGUUUGCUUUAGCAUGCUAACGCAAAUCAACUAGCCGCGUGGCUAACAGGACCGGCCAGACACCAUUCUAAACGGAGACAACCAAGUUUCAUGAAAAAUUUUCUUCUACAAAAAUAGUUCAAAUAGUGUUUGAAGUGAUGGACGGUGAGCUAGAAGCAGCCUCAGAGCGAAUUCUCCUGGAGCCAUACAAAUACUUGUUGCAACUGCCAGGAAAACAAGUGAGGACAAAACUUGCCCAAGCAUUCAACCACUGGCUUAAUGUACCAGAGGACAAACUACAGGUGAUCAUCGAAGUGACUGAGAUGCUGCACAACGCUAGCUUGCUCAUAGACGACAUCGAGGACAGCUCAAAUCUGCGGCGAGGCUUCCCCGUGGCCCACAGCAUCUACGGCAUUCCCUCGGUCAUCAACUCUGCCAAUUAUGUGUACUUCCUGGGUUUGGAGAAGGUAUUGACGCUGGACAACCCCGAAGCCGUGCGUGUGUUUACCCGGCAGCUGCUGGAGCUGCACCGUGGCCAGGGCCUCGACAUCCACUGGAGGGACACGUACACCUGUCCCACGGAGCAGGAGUACCGCGACAUGGUGCUGCAGAAAACCGGGGGUCUCUUUGGCCUGGCCGUGGGACUGAUGCAGCUCUUUUCUGAUUGGAAGCAAGACCUGAAGCCCCUCCUGGACACGCUGGGCCUUUUCUUUCAGAUCCGGGACGACUACGCAAAUCUGAGCUCGCGCGAGUACAGUGAGAACAAGAGCUUCUGCGAGGACCUGACAGAGGGCAAGUUCUCUUUCCCCACUAUCCACGCUAUCUGGUCACGUCCCGAGAGCACCCAGGUGCAGAACAUCCUCAGACAGCGAACCGAGAACUUGGACAUCAAGCGCUACUGCGUGGACUACCUGGAGAAGGUGGGUUCGUUCGCGUACACCCGUCAGACGCUGCGGGACCUGGAGGCAGAGUCUUACCGUCUAAUCAGGGAGUUUGGCGGGAACCCUCAGCUGGAAAGCCUGGUCAAACUCCUCAGCCGCAUGCAUCAAGAGGCUGAAACGAAGUCGAACACUGAGCAGUACACCAGCCACAACCGCUGACCUCCUCCUCGUCACUCGCUGCGCUGACACCCUGCUGCACGCCUUACAUCCCAAAAAAAGUUAUCACAAAACUGGAAUACGAGACUCCUGGUGGAAAUAAAACCAGCUCCGUCCUGCCUUUGUCCUUGAUGUGCUGGAAGCGUGUUAAAAUGAUGAUGCCACUUUUCAUGUUGUAAUAAAUGGUACCACACUCCUAUCUUGGUGGACGCAAAAGCAGCCCAUGUUCUGAAAACGUUAAAAUCAUGAUGUGACUGUCCAGGUUGUAAUAAACUGUACCACACUUGAUUCUCACCGAAAGCAAAAGCAGCACUUUUUUUUUUGGUAUUAAUAUUUUUUUUAACCUGUCCUGUUCAGCUGCAUGGUCAUACAGAAUGGUGGAUCGGAAGCCUUUUGUGCUGGAACAGUUUUGCUGUGCAACAGGGGAGUUUGAAAUACUCCUGAUUAUUUUUCUUUCUGAUGUUUAUUGAAUAUACAGCCAGAAAAAAUGGUUUUGGGGGACAGAACGGACAAGAGGAACAGGGGUGUAGUAAGUAACGUCCAUGCAUCCAUCCAUUUUCUUCCGCUUGUCCGUGGUCGGGUUGCGGGGCCAGUAGCUUUAGCAGGGAAGCUCAGACUUCUGCUCUUCAGGGGGGAUCCCGAGGUGUUCCCAGGACAGCCGAGCAAUGUAGUCUCUCCAACGUGUCCUGGGUCGUCCCCGGGGUCUCCUCCCCCACUAUACGUGAUGGUGCACUGCAUUCCCCUCCUGAGAUGCCGGAUGGCGGACCAGAAUUUUCCUCGAAGCCAUCCGGAAGUUGUUCUCCAUGGCCUCACUGAACUCCUCCCAUGUCUGAGUUUUUGCCUCAGCAACCACCAAAGCUGCAUUCCGCUUGGCCAGCCGGUACUUCUUCAGCUUGACGGCAUCCCUCUCACCGCUGGUAUCCACAUUUUUUUUCAUCAUGCUCACAAUUAUGUUUGGCCAUCUUUUACACUUAAUAUUGUGCAUUAAAUGUGGUGCUGCACUGCACACACGUCUUGUUUCAUUUUUACAUCCAACAGAGAAAUAGCCAAAUCAGAUAAUCUUGAGUGUAUUCUCUUGCCCAGGCUGGCUGCUAUGAACAUGACUUAUAACGCAUGGGUGUCAAACUAAUU